AACUUUUAUAUUAGUGUUGACAGUAAGGAAGGUUGUUGCUAGUUGCUGGUUGCUUGCUGCACCUGUUUCAUGGUGCUGGUACAGACAAGUAGAUCUCGGUUGAAUUCAUUCUCAAGUAAUCAUCCCGUGUGAUGUGAGGUGAUCCUCAUUCCAGUAUUUCUCAAUCUCCGAUCAGUAUGUAUCACAUUUUCUAUUCUAUCACAAUGUAAAUAAAAUUAAAAAAAAUAUAUAUAUAUAUUUACUUAAUACUACCAUUUUAUGUUAUAGAGUUGGGUAAGUCUACAUUAAAAUAAAAUCCGUUGAUUUGAUUAUGAUUAUGAUUAUGAUUAUGAGUCCGGGCCUGCCCAUUCUAGUCGUUAACAUUUUAUUUAAAUUUUCCUACUUAAAUUCAAACCUGGGUGCUCAUUGUUCAGAGUCUCGAUCAGACUGAGAACUAAUAACUAAUAAUAAGGCCAUCCCCACCCGCAACAGCGGAUGUCCUGAAAGCUGGAAGGGGAUAACCCUCUCUCACCUUUACCUAUGCGCUACAUAGCCGAAAUUAUAAAAAGAAAAAAGUCAAACGGAUCUCCUGAAGGAAGAAGAUACCUUCUCAUAUGCGCCACAUAGUUGCAAUAAAAAUAAAAAUAAAAAAAGAAAAAGAAAAAUCAAACGGAUUUCCUGAAAGGAGAUAUUCUCUCUCAUCUUCACCUAUGCAUCACAUAGUCAAAAUUAUAUAUAUAUAUAUAUAUAAAUAAAUUCAAACGGAUCUCCUGAAAGAAGAAACCUUCUCUCGCCUUCAGAGUGUGAAUCAUUCAUUAAUUUGGUUGUGUACAAAAUGAGAACGGACCGGUUGCCCUUGGGCGCUAAAUUCUUGAGUCGCCUCCAUUCAGUUUGAGCUGAGGCUGAGCCACCCAGCCGGCCAUGUACGGGUGCCGCCCUCGCCGCGCUUGCCUUCUCUUUCUCAAAACCCUCCGCCACUCUCAGCCCUUCUCUUCUCGCGCUCCCUCUCCUCCUCCUCCUCCUCCGAUCCGCGUUGCCCUCACCCACGAUGCCGGCCGAGGCGUCUUCGCCUCUCGCCCUAUCGCUGCCGGAGACCUCCUCCACACUGCCCUCCCCAUUGUUUCUCAUCCCAAUCUAUCUUCUCUUCAAACCGCCUGCUAUUUCUGCCUCCGGAAACUUCCUCAAAACCACUCUCAAUCCGUCGUGUCCUUUUGCAGCGAACACUGCCGACACCAAUCCGAGCUGAAGUUCUACAACGUUGAGAAGAAGGCAGAUUGGUCGAGGUUUAAUGAAUACUGUAGACUGCAGGGACUGAAAUAUCCACUGUUGGUCAAGCGGUUGGCCUGUCAGGUUAUUUCUGGAUCCACUCCUUCCAAUGCCCUUGAUAUACUUCAACCUGAGACUCUAUCUUCUGACAAAGUAUCCAAGAUGAAAAAGGAAGUUGCCCUCUUAAAAAGCUCUUUUGAGGUCUCAGACAUUAAUAGUGAGCAGAUAAAGUUUCUGACUGAAGAAUGGUACACUAAUGUUUUGGCACGGGUUCGUAUCAAUGCUUUUCGGAUUGAAGUGGCUGUGGGACAUUAUGAAGACCUACUUUCCUCAGCAGCAGCAUCAGUAGAAGCAGAAGCGGCAGUUGGAAAUGCCGUUUAUAUACUUCCAUCCUUGUACAAUCAUGACUGUGAUCCCAAUGUCAACAUUGUGUGGAUUGAAAAUGUGGAUGCUAAGAUCAAGGCUCUCCGGGACAUUGAAGAAGGGGAAGAAUUACGGAUAUGCUACAUUGAUGCAAGCAUGGAGUUUGAGGCUCGGCAAAGAAUCCUGUAUGAAGGAUUUGGUUUCCAUUGCAAGUGUGAGAGAUGUGCAGCAAAGGAGUAAUUUUUUUUAAUUUAAUUUUGAAUUGUUUCGAGUAGGGAUGGGGGGAGUAGAGAGGAGGAGAAAGAAAUGACCAAAAUUGGGUUGUUGGGAGUACGUUAUAGAGAAGAUGUAAUUGAAGAAGUUGUGUGGAUAUUGUUGUUGGAUAUAAAGGAAAGGAGGGGAAGGGGUGUGCGGAUCCAUCGCGUUCCCGUUCCCAUUCCCAUUCCCAUGACCAUGCUGGUUUAGUUUAGUUGGCUGACUCUUAGGGAGUAUUGUUAACAGCCAUUGACAUUAUGCUAUGGAAAUGAGGUUAUUUAUUUGCA